AGUGGUUCUCCGGAAGAUAAACUGACAGAAAACCAUGCUGAAGGAAUUCUGCCUGCUGCUUUUGGUCACAUAUGUGGCGGCUACCUAUAACAUAGGUUACCCCUCCACACCAAGCUAUCCAACCCCGACCUACCCCAACAGUGGAUAUCGUUAUGUCGUCUACGUCCAAUACCUCUACUAUUUGUACGCUGUGUAUGGACCCAACUCCGUACAAUAUCUCCAGUAUUACUACUAUUUAGUCAGACUGCACAUCAUCCCAUACGGAUUCAACUUUGGUGGCGGUGGAUAUCCUCGGUUUAGUGGUAGCAGAAUCAUCCCAUUAGGAGGUAGAAGUGGAAUUAUCCCUAUUGGUGGAGGUUCAACAGGUGGAUUUCCAAUUGGCGGUGGAUUAGGAGGUCUUCCACUUGGUGGAUCUGGCUCUCCAUUAGGAGGCGGAGGUCUUGGAGGAGGAUUCCCACUCGGAGGUUCCGGAUUCCCAAGCGGUGGUUCAGGUUUCCCUCUUGGAGGAGGUAGUCUAGGUGGUGGUUUCCCUCUUGGUGGAUCUGGCUCUCCAUUAGGAGGUGGUCUCGGCGGUUCACCUUUGGGAGGCGGAGGUCUUGGAGGAGGAUUCCCUCUCGGAGGUUCCGGAUUCCCAAGCGGUGGUUCAGGUUUCCCUCUUGGAGGAGGUAGUCUAGGUGGUGGUUUCCCUCUUGGUGGAUCUGGCUCUCCAUUAGGAGGUGGUUUCGGCGGUUCACCUUUGGGAGGCGGAGGUCUUGGAGGAUUCCCACUCGGAGGUUCCGGAUUCCCAAGUGGUGGUUCAGGUUUCCCUCUUGGAGGAGGUAGUCUAGGUGGUGGUUUCCCUCUUGGUGGAUCUGGCUCUCCAUUAGGAGGUGGUCUCGGCGGUUCACCUUUGGGAGGCGGAGGUCUUGGAGGAGGAUUCCCACUCGGAGGUUCCGGAUUCCCAAGCGGUGGUUCAGGUUUCCCUCUUGGAGGAGGUAGUCUAGGUGGUGGUUUCCCUCUUGGUGGAUCUGGCUCUCCAUUAGGAGGUGGUCUCGGUGGUUCACCUUUGGGAGGCGGAGGUCUUGGAGGAUUCCCACUCGGAGGUUCCGGAUUCCCAAGUGGUGGUUCAGGUUUCCCUCUUGGAGGAGGUAGUCUAGGUGGUGGUUUCCCUCUUGGUGGAUCUGGCUCUCCAUUAGGAGGUGGUCUCGGUGGCGGAAUUGGUGGUGGCUUUCCUCUUGGAGGAUCUGGUUUUCCAAGUGGUGGAAGUGGAUUUCCAUCUGGCGAUAGCUCCAUAAGUUUCACCAGCAGUGGUUCUUCCUUCUCAUCUGGCAGUUCUGGAUUCCCAAGUGGGGGAUUCCCAGGAAGUGGGGGAUUCCCAGGAAGUGGGGGAUUCCCAGGAAGUGGGGGAUUUCCAGGUGGAUUUAACGGCGGAUAUUCAGGAGGCCAUGGUGGAUAUAAACCCAAGAAAGGGUAGGACUACUGAACUUCAGCUUUAAAAACUGGAUCCCAAACCCGUAUUUUAUGACUGGAACCGUCCCCGACUUCGACGUCUAAUUGUAAAUAUAUGCAUGGUUAUGGAAUAAAUUGAAGACACCCAAAU